GCUUUGCUUAACCAAACACCUGGAUUUUGCUUCUCUCACUCACACACUCUCUAAACUCUAGAAACCCAAUUUGAGUGAACAUGUUUUAGGGUCUGUGGGGCACAAGGGUUCUUGGACUUUAAAGCUUUUCCCCACUUUCAAUUUGGCUCUUGCUUUGCCUUCUUCAGCUGGUUAAAAGAUUUGGGAUCUGGGUUCUGCUUGGAUUUGGGUUUCAUUGCUUCUGUUGUUUGGUUUCUAGAGAGAGAGAGAUAGAGAGAGAGAGAGAGAGAGAAAUGGCUGGAGGAGGUGCUGCCAAGGUGGAUGAGCCACAGCCUCACCCACCUAAAGAACAACUGCCCGGAGUUUCUUACUGCAUUACAAGUCCACCUCCAUGGCCCGAGGCGAUUCUUCUUGGGUUUCAACAUUAUCUUGUGAUGCUUGGGACUUCAGUUCUCAUUCCUAGUGCUCUUGUUCCCCAGAUGGGAGGUGGAAAUGAGGAAAAGGCCAAGGUGAUCCAGACCCUACUCUUUGUUGCUGGUUUGAACACCUUGAAGCAAACCUUGUUUGGGAGUAGACUACCUGCAGUUAUUGGAGGGUCAUACACGUUUGUUCCGACCACAGUUUCAAUCAUAUUGGCUAGUCGAUUCAGUGAUUCACAAAACCCUAUAGAUAAAUUUAAGAGUACAAUGCGGGCAAUUCAAGGUGCUUUGAUUGUGGCCUCAACCCUACAGAUAGUCUUAGGCUUCAGUGGCCUUUGGCGUAAUGUUGCAAGGUUUUUAAGUCCACUUUCAGUUGUUCCAUUGGUAGGACUAGUUGGUUUUGGACUCUAUGAGUUAGGUUUUCCUCUGCUUGCCAAAUGUAUUGAGAUUGGACUGCCAGAGCUUGUCAUUUUAGUAUUUGUUUCUCAGUAUAUGCCCCACAUAUUUCACAAAGGAAAACAUGUAUUUGAUCGUUUUGCUGUCCUAUUUGCCAUAGUAAUCGUGUGGAUUUAUGCGCAUCUGCUCACUGUUGGUGGGGCCUAUAAUGAUUCAGGCCCCAAAACACAAUCAAGUUGCCGUACCGAUCGUGCUGGACUUAUAGAUGCUGCCCCAUGGAUAAGAGUUCCAUAUCCCUUCCAAUGGGGAGCACCUACAUUUGAUGCUGGUGAAGCGUUUGCUAUGAUGACUGCGUCUUUUGUUGCUCUUGUAGAGUCCACUGGUGCUUUCAUUGCUGUAUCAAGGUAUGCUAGUGCAACACCAGUGCCACCUGCUAUUCUGAGUCGUGGAGUUGGUUGGCAGGGUGUUGGGAUUCUGAUUUCCGGGCUCUUCGGAACUGUGACUGGAUCCUCAGUAUCUGUAGAGAAUGCUGGUCUUUUGGCGUUAACACGUGUUGGCAGUCGAAGGGUUGUGCAAAUAUCUGCCGGGUUCAUGAUAUUUUUCUCUAUUCUGGGCAAAUUUGGAGCACUCUUCGCUUCUAUCCCAGGGCCCAUCAUUGCUGCCUUAUAUUGCCUGUUCUUUGCUUAUGUCGGUUCUGGGGGUCUUAGCUUUCUCCAGUUCUGCAACCUGAACAGCUUCCGAACAAAGUUCAUUUUAGGCUUCUCUAUCUUCAUGGGUUUGUCUAUACCACAGUACUUUAAUGAGUACACCGCCAUCAAUGGUUAUGGUCCAGUCCACACAGGAGGAAGAUGGUUCAAUGAUAUGAUCAAUGUCCCUUUCCAAUCGGAAGCUUUUGUAGCGGGGGUGAUUGCGUAUUUCUUGGACAACACGCUGCACCGAAGUGACAGCUCAGUUAGGAAAGACAGGGGCAAACAUUGGUGGGACAAGUUCAGGUCAUUCAAGGGUGAUUCAAGAAGUGAGGAGUUCUAUUCAUUGCCGUUCAAUCUAAACAAGUAUUUUCCAUCUGUAUGAAGGGCAUGCAUGCAUGUUGCUGAGUUUUAUGGAAGCCUUUACUAUGUAAUACUAAUCCAUCCCAACUCCCAAGUUCUCAACAACCCUCUGUUGCGGAUCUUUUACACGCUUGGCAAUAUAUGUAAGUUUAAUGUCUUCAUUCAUAGGAUGUGGUCGUAAUUUAUUUCAUUAUAUCAAUUCCUUGCUGUAAAUCCAACUGGGGAUGUGAAUUGAAGUAGGCUUUGGUGCACAAUCUUUUUAACUUUAAUUUCAUUUCGGUAA